AUUCUCUUGUCCGUUCGUGCACGGCAUAAGUUGCAACUCGCAAUUACUGUAAUAGGUUCGUUUAUUUUUAAAGAUAAUUUUUUUGUUAGAAGUUUAUAGUAAAGUUUUUAACAUAUAGUUGAACAAACGACGAAAUCGGCCAUGUCUUUCAUACCCGGUUCAUUGGGUUUCGAUGAAUUCGGCACGCCAUUCAUCAUCAUUAAAGAUCAGCACAAGCAACGAAGAUUAACCGGAAUCGAUGCAUUGAAGUCUCAUAUUAUGGCAGCACGAUCUGUCGCUAAGACAUUAGUUACUUCUCUAGGGCCUAAAGGCUUAGAUAAGAUGAUGGUGUCUUCAGAUGGAGAAGUGACCGUUACUAACGAUGGUGCUACUAUAUUGAACAUGAUGGACGUUGAUCAUGAAAUCGCCAAAUUAAUGGUACAACUUUCACAGUCGCAAGACAAUGAAAUCGGAGAUGGAACUACUGGCGUAGUCGUCAUUGCUGGUGCAUUACUUGAACAAGCUGAACAUCUGCUAGAUCAGGGUAUUCAUCCGAUUAGAAUUGCUGAUGGUUUUGAGUUAGCUGCUCAGAGUGCAUGCAAACAUUUAGAUUCUAUUGCUGAUUCAUUCCCCGUUGACAUCAAUAAUUUAGAACCUCUUAUCAAGACAGCUAUGACAACUCUAGGAUCAAAGAUAGUAAAUAAAUGUCAUCGCCAAAUGGCUGAAAUUGCUGUCAACGCUGUCAUUUCUGUGGCAGAUUUUGAAAAGCGUGAUGUCAACUUUGAGUUAAUUAAAGUUCAAGGAAAGGAAGGUGGAAGAUUAGAGGACACAAUACUAGUGAAAGGAGUAGUUGUUGACAAAGACUUUUCACAUCCCCAAAUGCCCAAAGAACUAAAAGAUGUUUAUUUGGCUAUCCUCACCUGCCCGUUUGAACCCCCCAAGCCCAAGACUAAACAUAAGUUAGAUGUGUCUUCUGUUGAAGAUUACAGAGCGCUUCGUAAAUAUGAACAAGACACAUUCAAUGAAAUGGUGAAACAAGUUAAAGAUGCCGGUGCUACAUUAGCCAUCUGUCAAUGGGGUUUUGACGAUGAAGCCAACCAUUUGUUACUUCAGCACGAAUUGCCUGCUGUACGCUGGGUCGGCGGUCCUGAGAUUGAAUUGAUUGCUAUUGCCACUGGAGGCAGAAUUAUUCCUCGUUUUGAAGAAGUAUCCAAGGAAAAACUUGGAUACGCUGGAAAAGUUCGGGAACUUUCAUUUGGUACUACUAAAGACAGAAUGUUGGUUAUCGAAGAGUGCAAGAAUUCUAGAGCCGUCACCAUCUUUAUACGUGGUGGAAAUAAAAUGAUAAUCGAAGAAGCCAAACGUAGUAUUCAUGAUGCUUUAUGUGUUGUUCGCAACUUGGUACAAGACAAUCGCAUUGUUUACGGAGGUGGUGCAGCAGAAAUUUCCUGCGCUAUUGCAAUUUCUUCAGAAGCCGAUAAGAUUUCCUCUAUCGAACAAUAUGCAUACCGUGCCUUUGCAGAUGCAUUAGAAAGCGUUCCAUUAGCAUUGGCCGAGAACAGUGGAUUAUCUCCAAUCGAUACUCUAACUCAAGUGAGGGCCAGGCAGAUCAAAGAAAAUAAUCCAGCUUUAGGAAUCGAUUGUAUGCUUAUUGGAACCAAUGACAUGAAAGAACAAAAUGUUAUUGAAACCCUCCACAGCAAGAAACAGCAAAUCAUUCUGGCUGCACAGUUAGUAAAGAUGGUACUAAAAAUCGAUGAUGUGAGAGUUCCGGGAGAAAAUUAUGAAUAAUACUUUAAACAAAAAAAAAAAAUCGAUUGCACUUAUUUGUUUUCCUAAAAAACAGUCCUUUUUUUAUGUAUUUUUAAUUUACAUGUGUUGUGUAAAUUGAAAUAUUUUUUCUAAUAAUAAAUUAAAAUACUAAUAAAUUAAAAUUGGACGUAUAAUUUCAAUUUAAAAAAAUCUAUAAUACUAACAUCAUGAUGUUGUAUCAUAAUAUAAUAAUAGAACAACGAGGUUUAUUGAAUUACGCAAAACGGUAUUUUUCGUUCUUUAGUGUCAAACUCAUCGUUGCCUUCUUUAACGCCUUCGACAUUCAUGCCAGUGCCCCCCAAUACACCCGGGGGGCACACUGUUUGUCAUCUCAUUGCCAGUGUAGACACCAUCGGUGGUCGUACGGGUUUGUUGUCAAGUAUACGUUCUAGUUCAGCCAUUACAGUUGAAUUGAGUUUUGGCAACAACUAAACACAAAUUAAAUUCAAAUUGUAUUGUAAUCAAUUAAAAUUCUUAUUAUACUAAUAUCAUAUUUGUAAUAAAUAUAUAAUUUUAAAUAACAAA